AUGUCUGUUUCAAUUGCCCAGUUGAGUGCUGAGCACCACCACAAUGGCUUUGGCCUCUUUACAGCUACUCCUCGUCUAUCAUGGCGCUUCAAUUCUACCACCGUCAAGGGAUGGAAGCAAGCCUCCUAUGACUUGGCCAUAACUCGCAACGGCAAAGAGGAAACCUAUCAUGUCGACUCUUCCAGCUCAGUGUACAAUCCCUGGCCUUCAUCACCCCUGCUAUCUCGAGAACGGGCGGAGGUCAAGGUCCGAGCUGUUGGGAUCGACGGGUCAUCAACAGAUUGGGAAAGCUUGACCAUUGAGGUUGCUCUCCUGAAUCGCUCCGACUGGACUGCAAAGCUCAUCGGCGGUCCUUCACAAGGACCAGAGCCGAAACGACCUAUCCUGCUGCGCAAGACGUUUACCAAUCCCGGAUCUACCCGUGCUCGUCUUUACGCAACUGCUCAUGGCGUAUACGAGGUUCACAUCAAUGGUCAGCGCGUCAGUGAUGAACUACUUGCCCCUGGAUGGCAAUCAUACAAUCACCGUCUUUACUACCAAACCUACGAUGUCACAUCUCUCUUGCAAGACGGCGAAAACGUCAUCGGUGCCCAUGUUGCUGAGGGAUGGUUCGCCAGCAGGAUUGGACGACCUGGGGUGGCGAACCAUUGGGGAGAACAACUAGGUUUUCUCGCACAACUUGAAGUCGAUGGCAGCGUGUGCUGUCAAACUGACUCGAGCUGGGAAUACCUCGAUGGUCCUCUCCUCCUUUCUGAGCUGUACAACGGAGAAGUCUUUGACAGUAACCUCACCGACCAUGCUUGGUCUACGUUGGCAUCAAAGGCACAGGCCAGGGGCUCGGUUGAGGAGCUGGCCUUCCCAAAGGCGGAGUUGAUUGCGCCUGAUGUCGCUCCCGUCACUCGCAUCAUGGAACUAAAGCCCAAGGAGAUCAUAACGACUCCAAAAGGCAAAAAGAUUCUAGACUUCGGUCAGAACUUUGUUGGUUGGCUGCGAAUAGAGAAGGACAUCCCUGGCAAGCCCGGUGAUACCCUCUUGAUCAGGCAUGCAGAGGUCAUGGAGCAUGGGGAGUUGGGCACCAGACCUUUAAGAUCAGCCAAAGCCCUUUACGAGGUGAAGCUUGGAGGACCAACCAAGGGCUGUGAAGCCAAGUUCACCUUUUUCGGUUUCCGGUAUGCUGAGAUCAACGGCUACGACGAUGUCUCCCUCGGAAAUUUCACAGGCAUCGUUAUAGCCUCGAACCUCCGUCGCACAGGCACUUUCGAGUCCUCCCACGCCAUGCUCAAUCGCUUGCACGAAAACGCCAUUUGGUCCAUGAGAGGCAACUUCAUCUCGAUCCCAACCGACUGUCCCCAACGAGACGAGAAACUGGGUUGGACUGGAGACAUCCAAGUCUUUUCCCCGACAGCCAACUUCCUCUUCGACACGUCCGCUUUCUUAGGGUCAUGGCUGCGCGAUCUUGACGUGGAUCAGAAGGAUGCAGAUGGUGUUGUUCCUGUCAUCAUCCCAAAUCUUCCAAGACAGCCAGACAACCGUAUGAAGCGACCAAUGGCGGUCUGGGGAGAUACCUCUGUGAUUACGCCCUGGGACUUGUACACAGCCUUUGGCGAUAUCAGCCAGCUCAAAGGACAAUGGAAAAGCAUGUGCAGCUGGCUUGAUGCCGGCGUUCCUCGCGAUGAGAGAGGCUUUUGGUCUACGGAUUGGCCUCAAUAUGGUGAUUGGUUGGAUCCUCGAGCACCAGUUGACAUGCCAGGGAACUGUCCAACCGACAACUUUUUGGUCGCAAAUGCCUACCUCAUCUACGCCACCAAGUUGGCUGCAGAGAUUGGGAAGCUGUUAGGGAAGAAUGAGAAGAGCGCAAAGUACGCAUCUGAUGCGGCCUCUCUUAGAAAGCUCUUCCAAGAGGAAUAUGUUACUCCGAAAGGAAGGAUGGCAUGCGAUACACAAACAACUUACGCCCUCGCCCUCAAGUUUGGUCUUUUAGAGGAAAAGCAUCUCGCAACUGCCAGAGAGAGGCUGGGUUAUCUAGUCCGCUGGGAGAGGUUCAAGAUCACAACUGGCUUUGCCGGAACACCCAUCAUCCUCCACGCCCUCUCAGAGAAUGGCAUGCUCAACCUUGCAUACCGAAUGCUUCAAGAGCGGGACUGUCCUAGCUGGCUAUACCCCGUCGGCAUGGGCGCAACGUCAAUCUGGGAAAGGUGGAACUCGAUGCUCGAAGACGGAAGCAUCAACCCUGGGCAAAUGACAUCUUUCAACCAUUAUGCCCUCGGCUCAGUGUGCGCAUUCAUGCACAAGACAGUGGGUGGUCUUUCUCCAACAUCUCCCGGUUGGGAGACGGCUCUCGUGAAGCCUCAGCCUGGAGGAACGCUUCGCUUCGCCAAAACGAGCUUCGGUUCACCGUAUGGCUUGUAUGAAGUAGACUGGAAGAUAGAAGGUGGAAAGAUGAGGACCAAAGUCAACGUCCCUCCAAAUACAGAGGCCCACGUCGUCUUGAAUGGAGUCGACGAGACGGUCGGAAGCGGGGAGUAUGAGUAUGUCACAGAGUGGAAUGACGAUCCCGAGUGGCCGCCGAAUUACAUCUCGGGGCCUCAGAGGAACACGGUCGGGGCCUCUUUUGUUCCUUGA